UUAUCUCCGGCUCCCCAGCAAGGUUAUGGAGAUGUAUGUCCCAUUCUGUGGGAUCGCCAUAACUAAUGCUCAACUUUCUGCUGCCUCGAGGAAAGAAUAUGACAGAAGCAGGGUGGUGAAGUUUGCGAAAUCAUUUGAACUGAUGUCUCCAAAGUACAGUGCAGAUGCUGAGAAUAGUUUCAAAGACAGCAUGGAAAAAUCCCCUUAUUCAGACUGGCUAACCAAUAAUAGCAUUGUUGAACUUGUGGCAUCCACAGGCCUUCCAGUGAACAUCAGUGAUGAGUUCCAAGAUCCUCGCUUUGACUCUGAAGCCGACCAGUUUUCCGGCUUCCACAUCCGAUCCGUCCUUUGUGUCCCUAUACGGAACAGCAGCCAUCAAAUAAUUGGCGUUGCUCAACUCUUAAAUAGGCUCGAUGGGAAAACAUUCGACAAUGCUGAUCAGUGACUCUUUGAGGCCUUUGUCAUUUUUUGUGGCCUGGGCAUCAACAACACAAUAAUGUAUGAUCAAGUGAAGAAAUCCUGGGCAAAGCAAUCGGUGGCUCUUCAGGUGCCGUCUUACCACGUCGCAUGUUCCAAGGCAGAAGUGGACAAAUUUAAGGCCGCCAGGAUCCCACCAGUGUCAGAACUGGCCAUCAGCGACAUCCAUUUUAAUGACUUCUCCCUUGACGUGGACACCAUGAUUACCGCGGCCCUGCGGAUGUUCAUGGAGCUAGGAAUGGUCCAGAAAUUUAAAAUAGACUACGAGACCCCGUGCAGGUGGCUUCUGACGGUGAGGAAGAAUUACCAAGUGCUACUGUACCACAACUGGAGACAUGCAUUCAAUGUGUGCCAGCUGAUGUUUGCGAUGCUAACGACAGCUGGGUUUCAGGAGAUCUUGACUGAGGUCGAAAUUUUAGCCGUGAUUGUGGGCUGCCUCUGCCACGACCUGGACCACGGGGGAACGAACAACGCCUUCCAAGCCAAGAGUGGCUCUGCUUUGGCUCAGCUUUUUGGAACUUCUGCUACACUGGAGCAUCACCAUUUUAACCAUGCUGUGAUGAUUCUUCAAAGUGAGGGGCACAACAUCUUUGCUAAGUUGUCCUCCAAAGACUACAGUGACCUUAUGCAGCUUCUGAAGCAGUCAAUAUUAGCAACGGACCUGACUCUCUACUCUAAGAGGAGGACUGAAUUUUUUGAACUUGUCCGGAAAGGGAAUUACAACUGGAAUCUCCAACAGCAUCGAGAUAUAUUUCGUUGCUCUUUUCUGUUUUCCAAUUCGGUGCUAAUGACAGCCUGUGAUCUGGGAGCGGUCACCAAACCGGGGGAGAUUUCAAGACAGGUGGCUGAACUGGUAACCAGUGAGUGCUUCGAACAAGGAGACCGAGAAAGAGCCGAACUCAAACUCACCCCUUCCGCUAUUUUUGAUCGCAACAGAAAAAAUGAACUACCAAGGUUGCAGCUGGAAUGGAUUGAUAGUAUCUGCAUGCCUCUGUAUCAGGCGCUGGUGAAGGUGACUGGGAAACUGAGGCCAAUGCUGGAUUCCGCGGCAGCGAACAGAAGCAAGUGGGAAGAAUUGCACCUGAAACAGCUGCUUUCCCAAGCCCCUUCUUCCCCUUCCUCCUCCUCUCCUGGUGUUCCCGGUCCUGCCGGAGGCGGAAAUUAA